CACAAAUUUCAUCCGAACAACACGUGUUGAAAUUUUUAAAACAUGGGUAAGAAAACUAAAGACAAGAAAAAAGGCAAAGGAGCAGAGAAAACAGCACAGAAAACCGAAAAGAAGUUAUCGGCAAAACAGAAGAAACAAUUACAAGCAAUUGGAGAGGAUGACAUUGAGACCAUACUAAAACAAAUUGAAGAUGAAGAAAACAAAAGGCAACAAGUUACUGAACACAUCGUCGAACCACCAUCAAGAAGAAUCAACUUCUCAUUUGUAGCACAUCCUGAGAAAGAAGAGUUGGUUUUGUAUGGUGGAGAGUUCCACAAUGGCCAAAAAACAUUUGUUUACAAUGAUCUGUACUUCUACAACAUUCCUAACAACACUUGGACUGUUGUUAAAGCACCAAAGGGUCCACCACCAAGAUGUGGUCAUCAAAUGAUAGCUAGUUCCACUAACAAAGGACAACUUUGGGUGUUUGGUGGAGAAUACACUAGCCCAAGUGAAAAUCAAUUCUAUCACUAUAGAGAUCUAUGGUUGUAUCACCUCGCAGCCAAAAAAUGGGAGAAAAUCACCACACCAAAUGGCCCAAGUGCAAGAAGUGGCCAUCGAAUGGUGUACAGCAAGAAACAGAUAUUUGUCUUUGGAGGGUUUCAUGACAACUCAAGAGAUUACAAAUAUUUCAAUGAUAUCUACACUUUCAACACUGAAAGUUACAAAUGGUUAAAAUUAGAACCUACAGGUACUGCACCAGCGCCAAGAAGUGGUUGUUGUAUGGUCGCGUUACAAGAUGGCCGCAUUUUGAUUUAUGGAGGUUAUAGUAAAGAGAAAAUCAAAAAAGACGUUGAUAAAGGCCACGUAUACACUGAUGCGUUUAUACUACAACCUGAUAAGAAUGACACGACAGGAACCAAGUACAAAUGGGUUACGACCAAGCUAGGUGGCGUUACUUUCGCACCUCGCUGCAGCAUGCCACUGACAACUGCACCGAACAACACAUCGUAUUGCUUCGGAGGUGUAUACGAUACCACUGAUGAGGAUGAAGAACUCGCUGGGGUGUUCUACAACGAUAUGCACAUGCUUGAUUUAGAGAAAUUAGUUUGGCGUAGUGUAAAUAUACGCGGAAAACAGGACGUUACCAAGCCACGCAGGAAACAGAAUGACAGCGAUGACGAUAACCCUGACAGCGCAGAUCAUAUAGAUGAGGAAGUUACAAAAAAAGUUGAAACUACCACAAUAUCAGAUGAUGGAGUGUUUAAAGUAACAAUAGGACCUGCACCAACCGCCACUACAUCAACAUCAGCUUCCACUAACAAUACUAAUCAAAUAUUUCAACCUUCACCAAGAUUAAACUGUGGAUUAGCUAUCAAACAUGGUGUGCUUUAUCUAUAUGGUGGAAUGUAUGAAGAUGGCGAUAAAGAAAUCACUUUCCAAGACUUCUAUGCGCUCGAUUUGAAAAAACUAGAAGAAUGGAAUACAAUCAUCCAAGACGAUGUAAAAUCAUCUGAAUGGUUAGCAACACCAGAUAAUUCAGAUGACGAUGAAGAAGAAUCAUCAAAUGAUGAUUCAGCAUCAGAAGAUGAAGAAUCAAUGGAAACUGAUUAAAUUUAAACUUAAUUAAAACAUUUAUUCAUUACAAA